GCCAUGUACAGCCCCAACCCAGACCUCCUCUCCGGAAAGACAGCGAAAGAGAGAGAGAGAGAGAGAGAGAGAGAGAGAGAGAGAAGAAAAAAAUAUUUGCAACCCCACGGAGUCUGUCGAAUAAAACACACAGAGUCAAAAACUACUUCUGAGCUGGACUUUUGCCUUUUCUUCCUUCCUUCUUAGAGCUGAGCAGCGUUUCCUCUGGAACGGCCAGUUUUUCAAGUUUUCGCGUGCUUUAAUGCCUCGUGCUCUCGCGCAAAACACGGGAUUUACGUCCUAGAGCUAUUUUUCACGCAAACGCGCUCCAGCUGGAAACUUUAUCAAUGGAUUUUACUGACGGUUUUCCCGACUGAACUCUUGGAGUAGGGGGCAGAAACUGGCACCUAGCUUGAACUUAUUUUACCUAAACGGGAGCUAAAGUGUCGAAAGCACGGACUUCAGAUGUGUCCCCUUCCAGCCAGAGUGUCCUUUCAGUCCCGAGAUGGAUUCCAGAAGUCAGAACGACAGCGACGGGGGAGGAGGGCAUCCUGGGUGGUCGGCAUCAUCGACUGGAUCGCCGAGCAUGGCGCAUGACGAAGAGAGACCACAACCGCGCCCUCUGCAGAACAUCGAUGGUCCACCAGAUCCUGGGCUGAGCGGUGGGCAACCUCAGCAUGUCCCACCAGUGCUAUCUCUGGAUCAGAUUAGGAUAACCGGGAGUAAUAAUAAGUAUACAGAAGGGCCAUCGCUUGCUCAAAGGUCUCCAGGUGCGCAGCAACAGAAGAGCGACUUGGUUACUUCAUCUGGUUCAAGAACAAGUGGACAGCAGGAGACUGACCUCCGCAACCUGAAUUCAUCAGCUCAGCAUCGAAACGCUUCCAGCUCUUCCAGGGAGGCUGCGCUGCAGUUCUCCAGUGCUGAGGAUUCCCAAAGCAGCAUCAGGACCAGUGUGGGGAGCGCUUCUUCAGGCCAGAGGCUUCUUAUCAGCCCGGCAAGCAGCGACCACAUAAUAAGAAUCCAGCCAAAACGCUCAGAGCUGAAUUCAGAGGAGCUGAAACCCCUGAACGAGUGCAGGGCGGUGGUGGCCGUGCCAUGCAGCGCUGCUUCCAAGAAGCAAGACAAACACUCCAACAAAUGCGAGAACUGCGGUCGGUGUAAGUGUCAAGAGUGCAGCCGCCCACGGAUGCUCCCUUCCUGUUGGACGUGCGGCAGACGGUGCGUGUGCUCUGCGGAGAACGUGGUGGAGUAUGGGACGUGCGUCUGCUGCAUCAAGGCACUAUUCUACCACUGCUCCAGCGACGACGAGGACACCUGCGCAGACAAGCCCUUCUCGUGCUCGCAGACCCAAUGCUGCGUCCGCUGGAGCAUCGUGUCUGUGAUCGCUGUGUUCUUCCCCUGUCUGUUGUGCUACCUCCCAGGGAAAGGAUGCGUGGCGAUGUGCCAGAGCUGCUAUGACCGAGUCACACGGCCUGGCUGCCGGUGCAGGAACCCAAACCGAAUCCACUACGAGGAUGAUUGCAAGCCAACGUAGACUUUAUUUUGUUGUAAACAGUCGGACAGACUCCACACUGACUGGACUGUUAGAUGUAUAGUUGUGCGAUUUAUAGAAAUCUAAUAAUACAGUUGCGCUUGAGUUUAUGUCUUAAAGUCCAUGAUAUCAGCCUGGAGCCGCCUUGGAAUUUUAACAUGCAAGGCAUGUUGACAAAAACAUUACUACUAAAAUGCACUGGAGGUGUGUUCACUUACCUUAGCAUUAGAAGUUUCACUUGAAAGGUAAACCAAAACAAGCGCUCUACAUUUUAAGGUAUGAAGAAGUAUUCAACUACUGUUUCGUCCACAGAAAAUAAUGUUUUCACUCAAGUGCCCUGAUGUGUCAUUGCCAACAGAGUUACAGAUAGCCUUGUUUUUUAACUUUUAAUGCAACUUAUAUUCUAUGAGCACACUCCUGUUACUAACUGUAUGCAACAUAGUCAGUGAAACAUGUAUGUACAUCAGAAAAUGAGCUUGACAGAUGUUUAUUUUUGUACAUAUAAUACUUCAACUGUGAAACGUUUUCUGCCAAGAGAGGCACCUUGAUGAAUCUGCAUUUAUACAACUUUGUAAACUUUAAUUCGUUCUUUUUUUUUUUUUUUUACAUUCACUGGAAUGUGUUUCAAUCAUUUUUAUGUAAUUUACAAAGGAAAAGAGUUUAUCCCUUCGACUUGUAAAUUGUACAGUGUCCUUAUAUGAAAAAUUUAUUUUCUAAUUCCGACGUUUAGUGUAAAGUUAAAAAAAACAUCUAUAUUUAUUUGAAGGUUUUAUUAUUUUAUAAUGAAAAAUAUUUAUUUUGAGAAAUCAUUGUUAAAUGUGUCACCUCUGCAGAUUUGAGAUGACCUGUAGGCAUGUCAAAGAUGGAUGAAUAGCUUACUAUGGAUUAGAAUACAAAUAUAUUAACGUUUGAAAUUAAACAGCCUUGAAAUGAGUAUUUUCUUCUACAUCGUUGCCACCUUUUGUUUCCUUUUGAGCUUUGUGCCCAAUUUUCUAGGCCUCUGCUUGAAAAUUGCAUACCCAUAAUGAAAUGAGUACAUCUCUGCAGCCACAAGGUCUUUUUAAAUACUUUUGGAGUCAAAGCAAAGGAAAAUGUCAGUUCAUGUGUAACUAGUGAAGAGUAAAUGAAGAUGGCACAUAGCAAAAAUGGAAAAGGUUUCAGGCUUGCCUAAA